AUAAUGAACUGAUUCCCUUGUUGGUGUUUAAUUUGUUGCAAUUCAAACACUCGUCAUGGUUUGUAUGAGUAGUUUGCAGCAAAAAACAAAAGAUCUCUUGAAGGGCAUAACCCCAAAAGAGAUAUUCUACAUCUUUACCUUCACCAUCCUCACCCUUCUCUUACCUCUCUCGUUUCUGCUACUGGCCAAAUUCUCCGAUGCACAAUACUAUCUCCAAACCCUCACCUGGUACCAUUCACCCCGCCACUUUCCCUAUGUUUUAACCCUCGCCCUUUACAUCAACCCUCUCAUUCUCUACGUUCUUGUGUCCAUCAUUAGCGUGGCUUCGUUCAUGCACGUUUUGACGGGAAAAAUCAUCACUUUGAGUGACCCUUCAUCACCGUCCAGUACUGUUGUUCAACCUCGUCUCUACACUGCUUGGGUUCUCCUUUGCACGUUCCAAGUUUGCGUUGGUUUGGGCAUUGAGGGGAGUAUUGAGGCGGGGUUAUAUGACUCCGGUGAGUCGAGUUUUGGCGUCGAGAGAAGCUUGUUGAUCAGAGUGAUUUUCCUGGUGGGGUUGCACCAGACGACGCAGGUUUGGGCCAGGAUAGUAGUGAGGCCUGUGGUGGAUGACACGGUGUUUGGUGUUGAGAGAGAAGUUAGAUUGGUGGAGAGGGUGGUGGUGGCGGCGAGCUUGGGUGGGUUGUGGUGGUGGAGGUUGAGGGAGGAUGUGGAGAGUUUGGUGAUAAUGGUGGAGGCGAAGAAAGAGCAGUUGAUGGAUGUGAGAGUGAGUGACUUUGUUGGGUGGUGGCUCUACUAUCUCACUCUCACUAUUGGGAUGGUAAAGAUCGUAAGGCUUCUUAUAAGGAUGGCUACGAUUUUUUUGUUUAGAACAAGUGCAACAAUUUCCAAGGUGGAACAUUAUGAGAUUGAUGAUAAGGUAUAAUUUUCUUUGUCAAAAACAUUGUGAGAUUGGAUUUUAUACAUUACAACAAGGUUCUCAUGUCUUGUAGCAUGAUUUGGAAAAGGGUAAAGUUAGCCAAUUAAUGCUGCAAUUUGUAAGUCUGAUAUCUGUUGAUAGACAUUGCCAUAUUUGUUAUACCUUUGGAUUCAAUUUUUCU